GCAGGCCCCGAAAAUCCAUAUCCUCCUCCAUCGCCGGGCAUUGGAUUAAAUUUCUCCAAGACCGAAUUCACGUUCGAGGAGUUAAGGAUGGCCACAAAUGGCUUCUCGGACUCGAACCUUCUCGGACAGGGCGGUUUCGGUUAUGUGUACAAGGGGGUCCUUCCAAAUGGGAAGGAGGUCGCGGUGAAGCAGCUUAAGCCCGGGAGAGGCCAAGGAGAGCGCGAAUUCCAGGCCGAGGUGGAAAUAAUCAGCCGAGUACAUCACAAGCACUUGGUCUUCUUGGUUGGAUUCUGCACAACGGGGUCUGAGAGACUGCUCGUUUACGAGUUUAUCCCGAACAACACCUUGCAGUUCCACUUGCAUGGAAAAGAUAGACCAACCAUCGAUUGGACGACAAGACUGAGAAUCGCUUUAGGAUCUGCCAAGGGACUUGCCUAUCUUCAUGAGGACUGUCAUCCUAGGAUCAUUCAUCGUGAUAUCAAGGCAGCUAACAUCUUGCUGGAUUUCAACUUUGAGGCUAAGGUUGCUGAUUUCGGACUUGCGAAGUUCUCUUCAGAUCUCCACACUCACAUUUCUACAAGAGUGAUGGGAACAUUUGGCUAUCUUGCUCCAGAGUAUGCAUCUAGUGGACAACUCACAGAUAAAUCAGAUGUCUUCUCCUUUGGAGUGAUGCUUUUGGAGUUGAUCACGGGACGCAAACCGGUGGACACAACUACCAGCAUACACGAGAGCUUGGUUGACUGGGCAAGGCCCCAGUUGACGAGACCUCUGGCUGAUGUAAACUUCGACUCUUUGGUAGAUCCAAGACUGCAAAAUAACUACAAUCAUGAUGAGAUGGCUCGUAUGGUUUCUUGCGCUGCUGCUUGCGUACGUCAUUCAGCACGCCGUCGACCAAGAAUGAGCCAGAUUGUUCGUGCUUUAGAAGGCGAGAUGUCCUUAUCAGAUCUUGAUGAGGGGGUCAGGCCCGGACACAGCACGGUCUACAGUUCGCAAGCAAGCUGAGAAGACUUGGGAAAGUUCAGAAAAAUGGCAUUCGGGAACCAAGUGUUAGAAAUAUUAAAAUUGUUCUUUGUCUUUAUCAAACUUGGUCUUCAAGUUUAACAAGUCAAACUUGGUCUUCAAGAAAACUUCACCACCUUAGGAGUAGUAUAAAUAGGUUGUCUCCUCCUUCUUUGUGUUGGUGUGUGAAAAACCAAAGAAGGAGAGAGUUGAGAAUUGUGAGAGCUAAGUUUGUAUUUCUCUGUGUAAAGCCUAGAAAAAAGGCGUUUGGAAUAUUA